UCUCUCAGAAGUUCAUCCACGAACCCAAUUCGAGCCUCUCGAAUGGGUCAAGCUCCUUCUUCCUGUUCCUCUUCCUCCUCGGCCACCGCCACCGUCGACAGCCAUGCCCGCGACGCCCCCGCCCCCGCCGCCGGCCGUGCCCCCUGCGACCUCACGCUGGGCCUGCCCGACGAGUGCCUCGCCUCCGUGUUCGCCCUCCUCGGCUCCGACGACCGCAACUCCUGCUCCCUCGCCUGCCGCCGGUGGCACCUCGUGGACGCCAAGUCGCGGCAGCGCCUCGCCCUCCACGCCCGCUCCGAGGCAUCCCCGUCGCUCCCGCCGCUGCUCCGCCGGUUCAGCUCCGUCUCGGUGCUCUCCCUCAAGUGCUCUCGCAAGCUCGUGAGCCUCGGGGACGACGCCCUCGCCCGGGUCGCGGCGUCGCUGCCGUCCCUCAAGAAGCUCAAGCUCAAGGGCUGCGUCGACGUCUCCGACGACGGCCUCCGCGCCUUCUCCCUCCGGCGGCCCCCCGCGCUGGAGAAGGUCUCGCUCGCCGCGUGCGGGUUCGGCGCCCGGGGGAUCGUCUCGCUGCUCCUCAACUGCCCGUCGCUCCGCGACCUCACGCUCAAGCGGCUGCGCAAGCUCGACGCGCAGAGCACCCCUCUCUCGAUCGACGCGUAUUACGACGGCGACGACGACGACGACCAUGCAGCGAACGACGCGAAUGCGCCGAAGAAGAAGAAGAAGAAGCAAGCGAACUUUCAGCUGGAGCGACUGUGCAUCAAGGACCUGCACAACGCUCGCCUCUUCAUCCCUCUUCUCUGCUCGUCGAAGCCAUUGAAGAGCCUCGUCGUUUGCAGGAGCUCCGGAAAUUGGGACAGAGUGCUCGAGAGCCUCCGGCUCCGCGGAGAAGGAGGAGCGACCGCCAUCGCCGAGAUUCAAAUGCAGAACGUGCAGAUGGGGGAUUCCGGCUUGACCGCCAUCGCCGGUUCGUGCCCCGAUUUGGACACUCUGUACCUGAGCCGAGUUACGGAUUGCUCCGACGAGGGCCUGUCGGCGAUCGCCAGCUCCUGCAAGAAGCUGAGGAAGCUCCACAUCGACGCGUGGACCCGGUUCGGGGGGCGAACCAUCGGCGAGGAGGGGAUCGCGGCCCUGGCCGCGAAAUGCUCGCGCCUCCAGGAGCUCGUCCUGAUGGGCGUCCCGGUGAGGGCUCCUUCCCUCGGGCUGCUGGCCUCCAACUGCCCGUGCCUCGAGAGGGUGGCGCUGUGCAACACGGACUCGGUCGGGGACCGGGAGAUGGAGGCCAUAGCGGCCAAGUUCGGGGCGGUGAAGAAGCUCUGCAUCAAGAACUGCCCGAUCACGGCGCGGGGCAUCGAGGCGGUGGUCGCGGGGUGCGCGAGCCUGGUGAAGCUGAAGGUGAAGAGGUGCCGGGGGAUCGGCCAGGAGAGCGUGAGCCAAUUGAGGGCGAGGAGGGGCGGGCUGGUGAUCUCGGUGGACGCCGGGUCGUUGGUGUUCGACGGGGCCGAGGGAGGAGGGGCGGGCUCGGACAACGAAGGAGGAGGAGGAGGAGCAGGAGGGGACGAAGAAGGGAGGACGAGGAGGAGGGGAAGAAGAAGGGACGAUGCCGGCGGCAACGGAGGCGGCAGCGGCGGCAGCGGUCCGGCGGCCGCGAGGACUAAUGCGACGCAUGUGAUAUGCAGCAGCAGAAGCGCGCUUCUGUUGAGGUCCAAGUUCGGGAGCAGGAACGCCUCUCGUGCUUGAUCCGACCAAAAUCUUGGAUUCGUUUUUGGUUUCCUUUUAAUUUUUUCCACAAUUGAAUUCCCUUUUCCUCCU